AUGUCAAGUCUUACAUAUUAUUCAACAUUAGGUUAUUAUGCUGUUCGUGUUGAUCGUGAAUCAGGAAUUUAUAUGUCGUGGGAAAAAUAUAAACAACAGAUUCACGAAUAUCCUGAUAAUAAAAACAAACUAUCAGUUUGGACUGAUGGUUAUUGUUUUAAUUGUAAAGAAAUAAAUAGUAAAAAACAGUAUUUAGGAAAAUUAAAUUCAAUUGCUAGUGUUGGUAUAUUUUUUGCAGAUGAUGAUGAUCGAAAUUUGUCUGAAAGAUUACCAGGUGAAAUUCAAACGAAUAAUCAGGCUGAAUUAUAUGCUGUUAUUCGAGCAUUGGAAAUUGUUAAUAAACAACAAGAUAUUAUUAUAAACACAGAUAAACGAAAAGGUAAAACAUAUUUUAAUCAUGUGAAAGCACAUAGUGGUAUUUAUGAGAAUGAACAAGCAGAUAGAUUAGCAUAUUUAGUAGAUGAUAAUUCAAAAAGUGCAAGCGAAUCCUAUAUCAAAGAAUUUAUUCUUAUAUUACAAAUUUUAGAAACAGAUAAAGAUGAUGAUACAUGGUUCAAAGAGAACAAAAAAACAAAUUUUAGAAGACCAAUUAUAUUUCCUGACAAUGAAAAACAUAUAACUGAAUAUAUUCAAAUCAAGUUAAAUAAUAAACAAAACAUUCUUCUUGACAAAGAACAUCAAGAAUUUCUUAAACAGUAUAAAUUUGUUCUCGAUAAAGAUAAUAAUAUUAUUGAUGAAGCUA